CCUGCAGAAAUCCUGAUGUUCCUGUCUGACUUGUUUAAACACAGUCACGUGAUCAUAAACUCCUCCCUCUUACAGCUCUUACCAGGAAGAGACGGACGUGUUAUUUCUGCUUCCUGUCACACUGACUCUCUUCUCUACUGACAAAAGCAAUAAAGAAUCAGCCAUCAGUGAAGAACCAAGAGAAACACUUUACAGAAGGAUCUUUGUGAAGUUUGUUUCUGAAUAGACAGCAGAUCUUUGUGAUUCUGGUGGUGAUUCAUUCUUUAAACUGUUGUUCAGAAAGUGAAAGUAAAGUUUAGAUCGCUGGAGCUCAAAGACUGAAAAUGGCUUCACUAUCUGAAGAUGAUUAUAUUUGUCCCGUGUGCUGUGAAAUCUACAAGACUCCUGUUGUUUUAUCAUGUAGUCACAGUUUCUGUAAAGAGUGUCUUCAGAAGUUCUGGAGAACCAAGAAAUCUCAGGAGUGUCCCGUCUGCAGGAGAAGAUCCUCAAGAGAUCAGCCUCCAGUUAAUCUAGCAUUAAGAAACUUGUGUGAGUCGUUCCUGAAGGAGAGAAAUGAGAGGCGUUCAUCAGGAUCUGAGGAGAUCUGCAGUUUACACAGUGAGAAACUCAAACUCUUCUGUCUGGAGGACAAACAGCCGGUGUGUUUAGUGUGUAUGAAUUCACAGAAACAUGAUAAUCAUAAAUUCAGACCCAUCGAUGAAGUGGUUUCAUCAUAUAAGGAGGAGCUCAAUACAGCACUGAAAUCAUUACAGAAGAAACUUCUACACAAUGAAGAAAUGAAAGGAGAGUUUGAGAAAACAGCUGAACACAUCAAGUCUCAAGCGGAGCACACAGAGCGUCAGAUUAAACAGCAGUUUGAGAAGCUUCAUCAGUUUCUCAGAGAUGAAGAAGAAGCUACAAUCACUGCACUGAGGGAGGAAGAGGAGCAGAAGAAGCAGAUGAUGAAGGAGAAGCUGGAGGAGAUGAACAGACACAUCUCAGCUCUUUCACACACAAUCAAAGACAUGGAGGAGAUGAUGAAAGCCAGUGACGUCUGCUUUCUGAAGGAGUUUCCAGUCUCAAUGGAAAGAGUCCAGAUCUCAUCACAGCCGGAUCCACAGACGCCUUCUGGAGCUUUGAUUCAUGUGCCACGUUACUUGGGCAACCUGCCCUUCAGAGUCUGGAAGAAGAUGCAGGACAUCGUCCAGAACAGUGAGUCUGACUGCAGAAGAUACACACACACUGGAAAUGAUGCAAUAUUGACAGAUUUCAGCAUUAUGUGUGAAGAACCAGAUCAUCUACUGCAACAAAAUCAGCAGCUCACUUUAGAAAGGGGUCAGACUGAAGAAGUAGUGUGUCGGGUGGGUGGGAUCGCCUGCAAUGCAGAGAGCUUUGCGGGUGAGACGGGUGCUGUAGAUGUCCUGGAGGGAGGGGAGAGAGACACCAACGAUCUUCUCAGCUGCUCUCACUAUCCGUUGAAGGGACUUGCGGCAGGACGCGUUGCAGGCGCCAUACCACACAGUGAUGCAGCUAGUCAGGAUGCUCUCGAUGGUGCCUCUGUAGAAGGUGCACAUGAUGGGGGCCGGGGCUCUGGCUCUUCUGAGUUUACGGAGGAAGUAGAGACGUUGUUGUGCUUUCUUGGCCAGUGCUGCAGUGUUGUUGGUCCAGGAGAGGUCCUCUGUGAUGUGUACACCCAGGAACUUGGUGCUGCUCACUCUCUCCACGGUCGCACCAUUGAUGGUCAGAGGAGCAUGCAGAGAGUGCAUUCUCCUGAAGUCAACAACAAUCUCCUUCGUCUUCUCCACAUUCAGAGAGAGAUUGUUGUCACUGCACCACCCGGCCAGGCGGCUCACCUCGCUCCUGUAGUUUGUCUCAUCUCUGUUGCUAAUGAGACCCACCACAGUCGUGUCAUCCGCAAACUUAAUGAAGAGUGUGAUGGUGUUGGAUGUGUUAUUGCCGACCCGUACUGCCUGAGGUCUCCCGGUCAGAAAGUCCAACAGCCAGUUGCACAGCGACGUGCUGAGCCCCAGCUGGGCCAAUUUAUGAAUGAGCUGAUUUGUACACGCCCAGGAAUGUUGUCAGGACCUGGAGCUUUGCGUGCAUUGAUCCUGCUGAGGGAUCUCCUCACGCUGUCCGGGGACAGCGUCAUCACCUGGUCGCCGGGAGGAGGUGGAGUCCUCUGUGCAGUGGUGCUGUUUUGUGCCUCAAAGCGAGCAAAGAAGGCAUUCAGCUCGUUCAGCAGGGGGAUGGUGCUGUCACAGGUUGGCCCUAGCUGUCUUCAGGCCCUCCUCGUCUCCAGCUCUAAAGGCAACAUUCCGAGCCUUCAGAAGUCUGUAGACCUCCCCUGUCAGCCACGGCUUCUGGUUGGCCCGGACAGUGAUAGUCUUUGUGACCGUUACAUCAUCAAUGCACUUGGUGAUGUAGGCAGUGACAGUCUCCGAGUACUCUUGAAGAUCGCUGGAGCUCAAAGACUGAAAAUGGCUUCUCUAUCUGUAGAAGAGCUUUCUUGUCCCAUGUGCUGUGAGAUCUUCAAGAAUCCUGUUUUUCUGUCGUGUAGUCACAGUUUCUGUAAAGAGUGUCUUCAACAGUUCUGGAGAACCAAGAAAACUCAGGAGUGUCCCGUCUGCAGGAGAAGAUCCUCAAAAACUGAACUUCCGUUUAAUCUAGUGUUAAGAAACUUGUGUGAGUCGUUCCUGAAGAAGAGAAAUGAGGUUCGUUCAUCAGAAUAUGAGGAGAUCUGCAGUUUACACAGAGGGAAACUCAAACUCUUCUGUCUGGAGGACAAACAGCCGGCGUGUUUAGUGUGUAUGAAUUCACAGAAACACGUCAAUCACACAUUCAGACCCAUCGAUGAAGUUAUUCCUUCAUAUAAGGAGGAGCUCAAAACAGCACUGGAAUCAUUACAGGAUAAACUUAAACGAAAAGAAAGAAUGAAAGGAGAGUUUGAGAAAACAGUUGAACACAUCAAGUCUCAAGCUGAGCACACAGAGCGUCAGAUUAAACAGCAGUUUGAGAAGCUUCAUCAGUUUCUCAGAGAUGAAGAAGAAGCUACAAUCACUGCACUGAGGGAGGAAGAGGAGCAGAAGAAGCAGAUGAUGAAGGAGAAGCUGGAGGAGAUGAACAGACACAUCUCAGCUCUUUCACACACAAUCAAAGACAUGGAGGAGAUGAUGAAAGCCAGUGAUGUCUGCUUUCUGAAGGAGUUUCCAGUCUCAAUGGAAAGAGUCCAGAUCUCAUCACAGCCGGAUCCACAGACGCCUUCUGGAGCUUUGAUUCAUGUGCCACGUUACUUGGGCAACCUGCCCUUCAGAGUCUGGAAGAAGAUGCAGGACAUCGUCCAGAACACUCCUGUGAUUCUGGAUCCAAACACGGCUCAUCGAUAUCUCCUUCUGUCUGAUGAUCUGACCAGUGUGAGACGGAGCGGUCAUCAACCUGUUCCUGAUAAUCCAGAGAGAUUUGAAGACCGUUAUCCCUGUGUUCUGGGUUCAGAGGGUUUUAACUCAGGAACACACUGCUGGGAUGUGGAGGUUAAAGAGAGUCAGCGCUGGAGUCUUGGAGUAACUACAGCAUCAAACCAGAGGAAGGGAUGUGGUUUCUAUAUCACUGGUGUCUGGUGUGUGUGGUAUAAUCUGUUAGGACGGUCUCCAGGUUCAGGUUCUGGUUUUCGUGUUAAACAGCAGCUUGAUCGUGUGAGAGUGAAUCUGGACUAUGACGGAGGAACGGUGUCAUUCUCUGAUCCUGUAACUAACACACAUCUACACACAUUCACAACCUCCUUCACUCACACACUCUUCCCUUUCUUCUGUUGUUCUUCCUCUCUGAGGAUCUUAUCGAUCAAUAGUCAGUAAUCUGUAGAUCUGGAUCUUCCUGCUUUCAUCUUUCAUCAUAAUUUAGUUUAAUUUUAGUGUUAUAUAUUUUCUGCUGCUCAUUUCAAAGCAUAUUUUAACAAAUAUGACCUCCAGUGUGAGGUACUUAUUUAUUUUUAUUCAGUUUGCACAUUUUCAAGUUGUGAAAAAAAAAAAAAAAAAAUCUAAAAAUUAAUUUCUGGUUAAAAUACCUGAAAAGGUAGAAUGUUGAUAUGUUACAAAAAUGUAAUGGUCACAGUAUGUGGUUUUGAAAUAUGUUGUGGCAAAGCAAAUAAAAUGCAAAAACUAUAUUACUAUGUUGUGGAAAAGCAAAUAAACAGAAAAAAAAAAAAAAAUAUUUAGCAAAAAAAAAAAAAAAAAAUGUUUUUUUUCAAUUGAGAAAUAAAUGCCCAAUAUAACAUAUAUGUAACAUGAAAAAUGUAUCAUAAACGCCCAAUGUGUCAUAUGUAUGUAACAUUACAGAUCUUUCACAAGGAGGGGUUGUAUUUCACAAACAACUGCAGAAACAUGUUAUAACCAACAUAGCAAUUUUUCUU